UGACCGUCGGUACGUAACGAACGCCGGUGCUCGUUCGGUUUCGCGCGAAAUUCAAUAUUGGAUCAAUCUCACCGGUGACUUGUCUCGUGCUUGCCGAACAGAAUAUGGGGUACCGCGUGUUGUUGCUCUGCGCGUGGCUAGGCUCAGCCACCGCGAUGCUGGAAGUCAUCAACCAAUGGAACGUGCUGCAGUUCGACUUCCCGCCGGAUCCGGUGUUGCUAGAAAAGUUCCAGCCGGAGAAUACGGUGGCCACGGGUCUGGAGAUCGGGUGGGAUAGGAUCUAUCUGGGUAUACCGCGGUUGCGCGCUGGUGUGCCCGCCACACUUGCUUGGAUACCUAGGAGCUUGCCGCUUGGUGUCAGCCCCGUUCUUCAGGCCUACCCCGACUGGUCGUGGCACACAGCCGGCCGCGGUGACAUCAACUGCACGGGGCUGGUCUCCGUGUACCGCAUCAGGGCCGACCGCUGCAACCGGCUGUGGGUGCUGGACGCUGGCGUCGUCACCAGCCUCGACGACUUCCGCCGCGUCUGCCCGCCCAAGAUACUCAUCUUUGAUAUGGCUACCGACCGGCUGGUGCGAAGCGUGUACUUCCCCCGUGAGCUGUUGAGGCCGAGCUCCCUGCUGACCAAUCUGGUGCUCGAUGAGACUCGCUCCAGCUCUCGGCUUGCCUCCAACUGCGAUAACAUCUUCGCUUACAUUAGUGACACUGUCGCACCAGGUAUCAUCGUAUACGACGGGCACCGCGACAACGCCUGGCGCGUGACCCACGCCUCCAUGUACCCCGACCCCGACAUGGGCGAAUACGACAUCAACGGAGAGAAGUUCACGCUUAUGGACGGCGUCGUCGGGCUUGCCCACUCACCAGCACAGGGGCUGCUCUAUUACCAGCCGUUGGCCACUGACAGAUUGUUCAGCGUGUCAACGGCAGUCCUGGCGGCCGGUCCCCCUGCCGAGGGCACCGACCUGCCCGUGAACCUCGUGGGCCGCAAGUCUUCCCAAGGUCUAGGAAUUGCCGUCGACCCUCGCGACGACACCAUCAUCUUCAGCCCCAUCGUCGAGACGGCCAUCGCUGCUUGGAAUCCUAUUAGCAACUCGCAUAGAGUGCUCGCGCAAGACCCAGAGAAGCUGCAAUUUUGCGCGGAAGUGCGAUGGGCGGAGCGAGACAACGGUGCCGUGUGGGCCCUCUCCACGCGCUUCCACAAGUACUUCAAGAGACAAGUCAACAAACAUGAGAUACACAUACGUAUCGUCCGCGUCGUGGAAGGGGGUUUCCCCGUUCUGCAGCCGCACGUCCUGCGCCGCUCCGCCCGGCUUCACAGAAACCUCAACACCACGCUGCACUAAUAAAAAUCCCAACUGUAUAACUAAUAUAAGUAUACUAAAUUAUUUCAAUACUGCGCGCAGCAGAAUACUCAUCGGAAGUAUAAACAGAGAAUUAUAUAAGUAAGGAAAGAGUAGUACUCCAUACGUCACUUUUCUUGCCGAAAUACGACUUAUUUCGUAGUCGACAUCUAGCGUUGAGUAGCGGAAUUAUCAAUAGGUACCACUAAUCGACAAUAAGACGUAUCAAGGGUGUUGAGUCAAGCAAAAACAUUAAUAUUAAAACAGUUUAGAACUUAUAGUACAAGUAAGUUGGUUGAAAAUAUAAUACCGAUUAAUCCGAUUGUAAUAUUAGCUGAAAAUUGUUGAGCAUUAGGCUUUUCGUUCACUGUGACAUCUUU